AUUUUCCCGGCAGCAGACGUGGCCAUUUUUCAGUAAAGCUACAGAUGAUAUUGAUCCCAUGGUAAAAGUAGCUAAAAUGUUUGGAUUAGCUGGCGCCUGUCGGCGGGAUGAAUUGGCACACAUAGAAGUCGACGAUAUAGAAGAUAAUAACGUGUAUUGUCACAAAAUACAGGUGACCAAACCGAGAGCAAUUGAAGCACCUGAUUAUCGAUAUAUGAUCACGGAUGUGACAUUUUCUCCAAGACGUGUACAAACAGCCUUGAGAAAUUAUUCUUUUUCUUACCUCCGGGUCCACUUCUAUGACAUAACUUAAAGAAUAUUUUAACUUCAGCAUAGUUAUUAUCUUUAUGUCGCAAUCAACCAGAAAUGUAUUGUUUUGCACCAACGACUGAAUAAAAUCAUCAUUGUUAUCAAGAGAUUUAUCCACAUCAGAAACUAAGACACGGGGCUUGAAAGAUUUAGGUGUAGUUAUUUUAUACUGACGACUGAAUUUUUCCUCAACUAUUGCUUUUAGUUUCUGUAAAGAUUCAUCAUUUGAACAUUUUACGAGCAUUCCCUGUUUCACAAGUUUGGUGCUGCUAAUACUAAUUUUUUCAGUUGCUGGA